AUGCAAGAUGAAAUCAACAGGAUGUCCCAACACAUCCAAACCCUGGAGAGAAAAGUGAAGGAUCAGCAGCAGAAUCUGGAGCAGAGGAAUCAAUGCAGCACAGAUAACGAAAAAGCCAUCAUGAAUCGAGAAACGGCGCUCCUGAAAAACAUCACACGGCUCAACAACGACCUGACCGAGAAGAGUGAGAAGGUGAAAGAGGUUGGCCUUCUCCAUGAAAAACAGCAAAGGGACGGGUUUAGGGCUGAGUUCAAGGCUCAAAAGAAGGAAUGGGCUUCGGAGAACGCAAAGUUGGUGGCUGAGACAAAGAAAUUGCGUGAGGAAAACCGGGAACUGGUGAGCCAAGUCAGUCAGCUGCAAAGAGUCAUUCCCCAAACAGGCGACAGUCCAAGCUACAGCCAUGAAAAGCAACGCAGAAUUUUGAAAGAGGAGGCGACUCUGAAAAAUAGGAUAACCCUGCUUAAGGACCUUACCCAGAAGUGUAAGAAUAUAGAAGAGUUGAAGCUGUAUGUUACGCAGCUGCUCAGCAAGAAUGAGAAAUGGGAAGAGCGGUUUAAAAGUUAUUUUAGGAAAAUGGACGAUGGGUUCAGAGAGCAGCAUGAGUUAUGGGAAAAGGACUGUUCAAAGAAGAAUGACGAGAUUGAUCUGCUGAGAAAGAGAAUAGUCUCGCUUCAAGACAACUUUACAACUAAGGAAUUUUACUGCGAGAAGUUGGAACGCAAGUUGAAAGAAAGACAAGAGGUCUGGGCCAAGGAGAAGUUAGAACUGGAACAAGGUCGCUCCAGAAACGUUCACAAAAUGGACAAGUUGCAAAGUGAGAUUGAGAGCCAGAGUCAGAAGAAGAAAUUUGAAACAGAACUGCUGCACAAAAAAGUUCUUAAACUCCAAGAGGACUUAGAAACGGCGCAGAAAAAGUACCAGAAGGAAGCAGAUUCCAAGUUAGCCGAGCAGCAGCAGUGUUGGGAUAGAGAAAAACGCGAACUGGAGAAUCAUUUGAGCCAAAAGAAUCACGAGAUAGAGAGGCUACAAACCCACGAGGAGAAACAGCAGAAGAAACUCCUGGAGCAACAAGGGAAAAUCUCAGCAGAUUUCCAAAAGUACCACAAAGAGGUCGAGCACAAACGAAACGAGAAACUAGAGUGCGCGAGGAACGGACACAGAGAAUCCGAACAAGAACUGAGCAAAAAGAUUGAGAAAAUUCAGUCGCUUCAAAGUGAUAUUGAGAAGCUACAAAGCACAGUUAUCGAGCUCCGAGAGAUGAUGGAGACCGAAUGGCAAAUCCAACAUGAAGAAUUGGGUCGUGAGUUGGAAAGGCAGGAGUUUAUAACCCAAGAGAAGCUCACACUUCAGAAAGAUUGCUCUCGGAAGGACAAGCUUCGCCAGAGUUUGAAAGGCGUGCGACAAGACUGUCUCGACAAGGAGGUCCAAUGGAAGGAGGAGAAGGUUGAGCUUGAGAACCGGUUUAAGGAGAAAACGUUGAUGCGUGAGAGGUUGCAAAAGCUCAAAGAAAAACGAGCCCAAGAACGACAACCUCAACCAGCGAUCCAAGUGGUACCCCAAGAACCACUGCCGUGUAAGAAGUCCAUUCUACAGCUUCCCAUUUCAGAAGGCGAAGUAAAAGACGACUUGAUGGACGUGAAACAGAAGCAAAGGCGAAAGAAAAAGUCUAAACAAGACGUGAAAGCUGCAGGGCCUGCCAAAUCUAAAUCUGAAAAUGGAGAAUGGACCUUCUUUACUGCAAAACCCAAUCCAAAAGUGCGUUCUGAUACAGAUGAUACAGACGCUACAAGUGAAGAAUCUGACAUUGAGCGAUUCUCUUCUGGUCAAAUCCCACAAGGGUCUAUGUUCAAUUCUGUACCAGAAAUGCCCCAUAGUCCGAGACAGAUUGGAGACCUCAGUAACCUAAAGCUGCCUCUUCCACCAAAAUCCAGUACCUCAGAUUUAAACAGCAGAUCCAAGAAGUCUAAGAAAUCUGUGAUAACUUUCUCAAGCUGGAGCGACAUAUCUGAGAGCGAUGUAGAUGUUGCCCCAAAGAAGGCAUCCACAACCUCCAUGAACAAAGUGUACACCAUCAACAGUCCAGACAAACGCAGAGAAGGUUCGAACAAGACGAAACCAUCGUGGCUCAAACGCAUUGGAAAUUUCUUUAAAGGCUUUCCUUAA